GAAUUUAUAAAGUUGAAAACACUGAUCAGUAUAACUUGAAGUGAAUGGUCGAUGUCGCUAUGACCGUGCUGUCGAUGCAUGUUACACUUUAUAGAAUUAAAAAAAUCAGCGCAUAAAUUGCAACAUGAUAUUUAGUUUAUAAUUCUAAGAAACAAUUUGUAUUUAAUACUGUAUACCUGCUUAGUAUUGCAUUAAAAAUAGUGUCAAUUUACAUUUGUCAUAAGAAAUUAAAAGAAAAUGAAAGACACAAAAAUCGUGGGUUUUGAUGAUCCGGAAGAAGUGAGCGAUAAUGAGGAGGAAAAUGAAAUCACCAAUAUUAAGAAGAAAGUAUGUAAGAAAUCAGGAGGAUUUCAAUCAAUGGCUCUUAGUUUCCCUGUAUUAAAAGGAAUUUUAAGACGUGGAUACAAGAUACCAACUCCUAUACAAAGAAAAACAAUACCAUUGGCUUUAGAAGGCCGUGAUAUAGUAGCUAUGGCUAGGACAGGCAGUGGAAAAACAGCUUGCUUUUUAAUUCCUUUAUUUGAAAAGCUUAAAACAAGGCAAGCAAAAACUGGUGCAAGAGCAUUAAUCUUAUCACCUACCAGAGAACUGGCAUUACAGACAUUGAAAUUUCUAAAAGAAUUAGGCAAAUUUACUGGCUUAAAAGCGGCUGUAAUUCUUGGAGGUGAUAGUAUGGAAAAUCAGUUCAGUGUAAUUCAUGGAAAUCCUGAUAUAUUAGUAGCAACACCAGGCCGAUUUUUACAUAUAUGCAUAGAAAUGGAUCUACAAUUAAAUAAUAUAGAAUACGUAGUUUUUGAUGAAGCUGAUAGAUUAUUUGAAAUGGGUUUUGGAGAACAGAUCAAUGAGAUUACGAACAGAUUACCAGAAUCUAGACAAACGUUAUUAUUUUCGGCGACAUUACCUAAGCUCCUAGUCGAGUUUGCAAAAGCCGGAUUAACUGAUCCUGUUCUAUUGCGAUUAGAUGUAGAAAGCAAAAUACCGGAACAGUUGAAACUUUCGUUCAUAACAUGCCGACCAGAAGAAAAAUUGGCAGUAUUGCUAUGUUUGUUGAAAAAUGUUAUUAAGGAUGAUUCUCAAACGGUCGUAUUUGCUGCGACGAUGCAUCAUGUUGAAUAUAUUCAUCAAAUAUUGGAUAAAGCGGGGAUUUCCAAUACGUUUAUUUAUUCCAAUUUGGAUCCAUCAGCUCGAAAAAUAAAUGCCGCUAAAUUUCAAAACGGUAAAGCUCGAGUUCUGGUGGUCACAGAUGUUGCCGCACGAGGUUUGGAUAUUCCACACCUGGAUUACGUAAUAAACUUCAACUUUCCGGCAAAAUCGAAGCUUUUUGUGCAUAGAGUAGGUCGUUGUGCACGAGCAGGUCGUGCUGGAACAGCAUAUAACAUCAUAAGCCCAGAUGAAUAUGCUUACUUAUUAGAUUUACAUCUUUUUCUUGGACGUUCAUUAUGCAUUGUACCACCUUCCGGAUCUACAGAAAGUACGGAUGGUGUCAUUGGUAAAAUGCCACAAGCAAUGAUAGAGGAGGAACUGAGCGAGUUAAUAAAUUGGCAUAAUUGUUCCACUGAUCUCCAAAAUAUGGAACAAGUUUGUGAUAAUGGAUAUAAACAAUACAUCCGAUCACGACCUGCAGCUUCGUCGGAGAGUAUCAAGAGAGUAAAGGAAUUACAUAUUAAUGAAGCGGGAGUAAUACCAGAAUACUCUGAUGUUACUUCGACUACAACAAAAUUAUUAUCAAAAAUAGUAAAUUACCGACCUCAUGGUACGAUUUUUGAAAUUGGAUCAAAAGCAUCAUGUACGGAUUAUCAAGUAAUGAAGAAAAAACGUACGCUACAUAAAGAAAAUAUUAUUCAUUUUCAUAGAAAAGUAGAUGAAUUAGAGUCAAAAAAGAAUGAUAUGAUUAAAGAGUCAGUGAGGAGAAUUCUUCCAUCGAGUACAGAUGAUGAGAUUAACGCAGCGUUCAAUACAGUUGUGUUUCCCAAAAAAAGAAAUCUUGAUGAUUUGUAUAAACCUCCUAAAAAGAAGAAACGGUCGAUGACACAAGACAAAGAAUUUUUUAUUCCCUACUCUGCCCCUGAUAGGCAUACGGAGGAAGGUUUAGCAGUUAAUUCCUUUAACACGGAAGCGGAAAAGGUACAAAUGGACCUGACUGCCGACAACGAAGAAUCUCAACGACUUCAAACACAGAUCAAAAAGUGGGAUCGCAAGAAGAAAAAAAUGGUCACUUUAAAUAAUGAGCAGAAAGCUAAAAAAAUACGAACGGAAUCCGGAGUUUGGAUACCCGCGUCUUAUAAAUCGAACCGUUAUUCGACGUGGAAGGAGAAGAGCAAAGUUGAUGCUGCGAGUGACGAUGACAGCGAAGGAGAAUCUACAAAAGUGCAGAAGCUGCAAACAACGGCAAAUACACAUUGGGCACGGCAUAAUAAAAAGAUAAAAGAGAAACUUAAAAAGAAUAAUGAACUGAAGCGGCCAGAACAAGUAUUGAAGGCACGUAAGUUGCUUGAUCGUAGACGCAAGAAAAAUGGUAGAAAGAGUCGCAAGAGUCAAAAGAAUGGUGGAAGAAAACGUUAGUAUACAUAUAAUUGUUUGUACAGUUAUGUAAAAACAAAGGAAAUAAAAUUUAUUAUUUACCUUCGUA